AUGUCGGUGAAAAUUGAAUUAUACGAUAAAUCCUCAAUUGACCUUCCAACCGGAUUGUUUAUCAACAACGAGUUCAGAGCUGCCAGUGACGGUUCUACCUUGACUACGCCUAACCCUGCUACGGGUGAAGACUUGGCUACCAUCAGUGCUGCCACUGAAAAGGACGUUGAUGCUGCUGUGGCUAGUGCUCGUGAAGCGUUUGAAAACGUCUGGGGCACCAACUCUACUCCAGGCGAACGUUCGCUGCUUCUUAACAAAUGGGCUGACUUGAUUGAACAGGACAUUGAAAAACUUGCCCAGUUGGAGAGUUUGGAUAACGGUAAACCUGUUUGGAUGGCUCGUGACGUGGACAUUGUGGACUCCAUUGGAUGUCUUCGUUACUACGCUGGUCUUGCUGAUAAGAUCGAGGGCCGUACCAUUGAGCAGCAGGAAGGUGUCAAGUUGGCAUUUACCAGACCAGAGCCAAUUGGUGUGUGCGGUCAGAUUAUCCCAUGGAACUACCCAAUCCAGAUGUUUGCUUGGAAGGUGGCUCCUGCUCUCGCUGCUGGUAACACCAUUGUCAUGAAACCAGCUGAACAGACCCCAUUGAGUGCUCUUCGUUUGGCUGAAUUGGCUGUCAAGGCUGGCUUCCCUCCUGGCGUGUUGAACAUUGUCAACGGUGUGGGUGCCGUUACUGGUAAUGCCAUUGCCAACCAUCAUGACAUUGAUAAGGUCGCUUUCACCGGUUCGAGUGUCACUGGCCGUAAGAUCAUGACUGCUGCUGCCAGCAGUAACUUGAAGAAGGUUACUCUUGAAUUGGGUGGUAAGUCUCCUGUGGUUGUUUUCGACAGCGUCGACAUUGACCAAACUGCCAACUGGGUCUGUAUGGCUAUCUUGUUCAACCAUGGCCAGGACUGUUGUGCUGGUUCCCGUCUCUUCGUUCAGGAUACCAUCAAAGACAAGUUCUUGGAGGUUCUUAAGCGCAAGAUUGAGGAGAUCCAGAUCGGUGACCCAAGUGACAUCAAGACUUUCAUGGGUCCUCUCGUGUCUAAGGUCCAAUUCGAAAAGGUCAAGCAGUACAUUAAGUACGGUGAAGAAGAGGGCGGAAAGGUCCUCACAGGUGGCCAGGAGAAGUUGAACCAGUUGGACGCCAAGUUCAAGAACGGUUACUUUGUUAUUCCAACCGUCUACACUGAAUGUAAGAAGGGUAUGAAGAUUGUCGAUGAUGAAAUUUUCGGCCCUGUUCUUGCUGUCCAGACUUUCUCCACUGAAAAGGAAGCUAUCAAGUUGGCCAACGAUACUGCUUACGGUCUUGGUGGUGGUAUCUUCUCUCAGAACGCUUCUCAGUGUAUGAGAAUGGUUCAUGCCAUCAAGGCUGGUACUGUCUGGUGCAACCAGUACAUGGCAUUGAGCAACUCUGUGCCAUUCGGUGGUAUGAAGCAGUCCGGUUUCGGUCGUGAAUUGGGUAUUGAGGGCUUGAAGGAGUACACCCAAACCAAGGCUGUUCACUGGAACUACGGUGAAGAGAUCCCAUGGCCUCUUGACGGUACCAACGUUUAA